CCUUCUCGCACCUCCGCCUCGACGAUGGACAGGCCAGGUGCAUCGAUCAAGUCGUCUCUACAGAGGUAUCCGUCACAGAACCUCCUGAUGCCUCGUCGGGAAAGAGCCAAGCCGAUCUUCUACGGCGUGGACUCGUUUUGGCCGACGCUCAUUGACUUUUACUCGGUGGACGACGACACACGAGUGCUGUGGAGUUCCCGAGCCCACCGCAAGACUUUUCACACGCUCCACUUGGCCUUUUCUUCCGACUCGACAUGGUGCAUCAUCUCCUGGAGUAUAUGGUCGGCCUGCUUCUCCGCUUUCGGUGCGGCGCUGUUCCUGUAUGGAAGCUACAACGAAAUCGCGUUCGAUACCGCGGCCACCGCCACCGACGGGGACCCCAACGAGACGCCCGUUCCCCUGGAGCUCCUCCACCGUUGGAUCGACUUGCCGUACUUUCUGGGUGCCGCUUCGUUCUUCGUCGCUCAGUUGUUGACAUACUUGGAAGUGAUCAAUUGCUGCCAUGACCUCGAGCGAUGGCUGCACGAGUACGUCCACGCCGACCCUCCGAUCCGCAAGAUGAAAUGGCUCGGGUUUUCUCCGUUCCGUAUCGACUACUGGAGCGCGCUUCUGCAUGUCCUUGGAUGGUUCCUUUUGCUGUGCGCUCGGGGCUACGUCUACCACGCCAAGAUGGUCGUGUAUGGAGUCGUUCACCUGUCGCGAGGGGACCCGCGCAUCUUUUGGGGCCAUUGGAUCCCCAGCCUCUUGGGCUUCUUUUCGCUCAGUGUCGGCGCGUACCUAGCGCACGUCGAAGUGAUCCAUCGCUGGUUUGUCUGCCGCCUCCACAAACUCGAGUUUUGGGUCACAGGCACGAAUUGCGUGAGCGUCGGCUUUUUAUUUAUGUGCUCCGUGGGCCAAUUCAUCGAUCCGUUCAACCUCGUCUUCUCGGACGCAGGCUCCAUGCUCAUGUUCCAGAUCGGCGCCGCCCUCGCGCUCCUGUCGGCGGUGCUCAUGCUGGUGGAAGUGUAUCGACUGCACAUGCCAGCUAAGCAUCCUGUCUACGGAAAACUGGCCACGCCCUCCACCACGACCGUGUAUGGGACGGUGUAGUUGACUUAUUAUUUGGGCACGACAGUGUACUUAGUAUUUUAACCGAAAAGAACUUGCAGAAACAUUCCCU